AUGGCACAAGACCCUCCGAAGAUCACCGACUUAGGUGUACCCCUGGAGCAAAUCUCGGACGUCCGAGAGGUUGGACCAGAGGCAGAGGCCAUCACCCAGGUCAGGACGGUACGGGCCAACUCGGAAGCCUCGAGAUAUUCAGACUUGGAGAAAAAGUCGAGCUCGAUGAUAGAAAUCAACCACAAGGAGAGCACGAGAUCCAGCACAGACGUCGAGGACAAUGGCAGGGAAAAGGUCUCGGCGAACAUGGAGGUGGUCGCCCUCAAGGCGCUUCACACCGAUGAUGAUCCUACACAAAAUCCAUGGACAUUUCGAUCCUUUUUCUUGGGCCUGGCUCUUGCCGUUUUUGGUUCAAGUCUUGCCACCAUCUUUCACUUCAGGCCACAAUCCGUAGGCAUCAGCAUCACCUUCCUGACGGUGAUAUCCUACGUCUUUGGCAACGCCAUGGCUAAGUACAUACCAUCCAAGGGCCGGAUAGGUCGAUUUCUGAACCCGCACGGCUUCAACGCCAAGGAGCACCUGGGCAUAAUCAUCAUGGCCAGCUCCGCCUCCUCGACGGCGCACGCCACCGACGUCCUGGCCGCCCAGAAGCUCUUUUACAACAUCAUUCCGCACCCGGCCGUCGCCAUCAUGCUCCUCUUCUCGUCUCAGCUUCUCGGCUACGGGCUGGCCGGAUACCUCCGCGAAAGCCUCGUCUUCCCGACCGCCAUGAUCUGGCCCAGCCAGCUGCCGCUCGCCUCAUUGAUUGAGACGCUUCAUCGCAACAGGACGGAGAUGGCGUCGAGGUGGAAGUUUUUUUGGAUUGUGUUUUGGUCCAUUGCGGUUUAUGAGUUUUUUCCGCAGUACAUUACUCCGGUUCUCACUGGUGUCAGCGUCUUUUGUUUGGCCCAGCAGAAUAACCACAUGUUUACCAACAUCUUUGGUGGAGCGGCUGGCAACGAAGGUCUUGGAGUCGGUGCUCUUUCAUUCGACCUCCAGUACAUUGGAGUUUCUGCAUUUUACCUGCCUCUCAAGAUGAUCACAAACGCCUUUAUCGGUUAUGUUUUUUGCAUCAUCUUGUUCGUCCUCCUCUUUUACAAGAAUGUGUGGAACGCUAUGCAGUUUCCUUUUCUCAGCCAGCAGCUCUUCUCGGCAGACUCCAAUUCAACACACUACAAAAUAUAUAACCAGACUGCAAUCCUAAACGAUAAGUUGGAGCUCGAUGAGGAAGCCCUGAAGGCGCAUGGUCUACCUUUCUUUGCUGCAACCCAUGCGUCACAUCUCCUAACAACCAAUCUUGCUACCGGCGCCACUAUCUUGCACAUCAUCUUGUACCACCCCCAGAUCGUCAAGUCCGCCAUGGGCUGGGGAACCAACAGCUGGCGCCGCUACCUGAAUUACCUCAAGAACCCCAAGCAAAUCUUCAAGUAUGAGGAAAAGACCUUCUCCACGACCGAAGACCCGACGAAACUGGACCCACACCACCGCACAAUGCUGCAAAACUACAAGGAGGUGCCCAACUGGUGGUACGGCAUCUGCCUUGGCCUCUCGGUAAUCGCGGCCGGUGCUUGCAUAUACUUGGCCGAAUCGACCCUGCCCUGGUACCUAUUUCUUCUCGCAAUUGUCAUCUCUUACUUGUACGUCGUCUUCUUUGGCGCGCUGUCCGGCCUCCUUGGCUUUCAUGUGCCAAUCGGUUCGGCGAUACAGCUUCUAGGUGGUUGGCUCAACCCUGGGAAACCUUUGAGCCUGAUGUUCUUUUCUUUGUUUGCCUUUACGACGAGCGGUCAAGCCCUGUAUCUGGUCAGCCAUUUGAAGCUGGGCCAGUAUGGAAAGUUGGCUCCGAGGUGCACCUUCACCUUCCAAAUACUUGGCACUGUAGUUGGUUGCAUCUUGAACUAUGCAUUAAUGAGCUCCAUCACAACCGAGCAAAGAGAUAUUCUGCUUUCCAUCCAGGGUACCAACAUCUGGAGCGGAACACACGUGCAAUCCUUCAACUCAAACGCCAUCUCAUUUGGCGGUUUGUCCAAGUACAUGUUCAUUGGUGGCACGUACGCCAGCGUCGUCUACGCUCUGCCGCUUGGCUUCCUAAUUCCUUUACCAUUAUGGCUAGCUGGCAAGGCGUGGCCCAAAUAUGCAAAGUCCCUAUCCUACAUAGUCACGCCGGUCAUUUGCGCACACCUAGGCUUCUUGUCCGGAGGUAUCAACUCGAGCGUUUUUAUGUACUUUGUCCUGGCAUUCACCGUUCAGUUCUACGUGCGCAAGAAGUACCCUGCAUGGUUCCUCAAAUACAACUACCUGCUCGCUGCUGCUCUUUCCGGCGGCUUGGAGCUUACCAUUUUCUUCCUGACCUUUGUUUUUAACGGCGCCGUGGCCAAGCAAAUCCCCAUGCCCAAUUAUGCUCUGAACCCCAAGGGGAAUUUAGAUUACUGUAUGAGAGAUCCGGCGCUGGCCGGGGCCAGGGGUGGGAAUUAA